AUGGCUUACAUCGUGCAUCGAAGGUUUUUAGGAAGAAACCAUCCUUAUAGAAGGCAAAAGGCUGCUUUCAACAACCUUCCAGAACAUUCUCCCCCUCCUGUUCCUUUGAGUGGGGAAGAAGUACUGCAUAGGGUGGAGCAGGAAUUUCUCCCUGUUCGGCAUUGCCUUGAUGUGAUGCAUAUAGAGAAAAAUGUAUGUGAUAGUCUCAUAGGUACCUUGCUCAAUAUUCCUGGAAAAACAAAGGAUGGAGUGAAAACUCGGUUGGAUCUAGUGGAGAUGGGUAUUAGAUUAGGAUUAAGGCCUGAUCUUGAAGGUCCGAAAAAGGAGCGCUUGCCAUUGGCAAGCUGGAACCUAAAGACAAAUGAAAAAAGAUGCAUGUGUGGGUCUUUUUUUGUCAUGAAGGUUCUUGAAGACUAUUCUUCUAACAUAUCAAACCUGGUUUCCAUGGAUGAUUUAAGGCUUAGUGGACUUAAAUCCCAUGAUUGUCAUGCCUUAAUACAACAACUCCUCCUUGUUGCCAUACGAGGUGUGCUUGAAAAGCCGGUCAGAAUUGUCGUGAUCAGGUUAUGCCUGUUUUUUAAUGAAAUCUACAACAAGACUAUUGAUGUGUCAAGGCUGCCGAAUAUCCAAAGUGAACUUGUUGAAACAUUGUGUGAGCUGGAAAAGUACUUUCCCCCAUCAUUUUUUGACAUAAUGGUUCAUCUAACAGUUCACCUAGUUAGAGAGGUGGAGUUAUGUGGACCAGUUUGCUUUCGAUGGAUGUAUCCAUUUGAGAGGUACAUGAAGAUUUGCAAAGGAUAUGUUCGAAAUAGAAAUCGGCCAGAAGGUUGCAUUGCGGAGUGUUAUAUUGCUGAAGAGGCGGUUGAAUUUUUAACAGAGCUUUUCAUUGAUGACAAGACUGUUGGGAUUCCAUCUGACCCUCACAUAGAGGACAAGCCUACCUCAGGUGCUACAGUUAUUAGUGUUUACGGCAAGUUAUUUGACCAAGCUCAUCUUUGCGCGCUUCAAAACACGGAUGAAUUAAGAAGCUAUUUUGUUGAACACCUACAAUACUUGAAGAGGGAGUUUCUAAGAUUCAAAAAGAAUAAAAAGUGGCUUACAGACAAGCAAAACAAGACAUUUGCAGAUUGGUUGAAGGAGAGGAUACUUAUUUUCUUUGUUCAAGCGCAGGUUGCUGUUCAACUAAGUGAACCAGAUUCUCACGUUCCCGAGAUUGUCAGAUGGCUUUCAGAUAAACAGAGCAAUGAAGUACCAACAUUCAGUGGGUAUAGAAUUGCAGGAGUUCAGUAUAACACAAAGAAGCGUGAUAAUCUUAGAUCAACGCAAAACAGUGGUGUCUACUUACUUGCUAAGACACCGCAAGUAGCUACUGCUAGGGAUAAAAUGCUAAUUAUUGAUGACAUGAGCUUCUAUGGGGUGAUUACUGAAAUAUGGGAGCUCGAUUAUGAAAAGUUUAGGAUCCCUAUCUUUAAGUGUGAUUGGGUAGAGAAUAGAAGGGGUGUGAAGAUAGAUGAGCUUGGGUUCACAUUGGUGAAUUUGAAUAAGAAAGGUCAUUUAAAUGAUACUUUUGUGUUGGGAAACUGUGUUCAGCAAAUCUUUUAUGUUCAAGACCCUGUAGAUCCAAUGUGGUCAGUAGUUCUAAGAAUUUCUAGUAGGGAUUACAGUGAUUUUGAGGUUGAAGAUGAGCUUGGGGACACUAUUAUUGCUCACCAUCUCAUCACCACCAUGAUGCCAUCUAUUGGAUUACCUGGUAACUUAGCAAAUGAGGAAGAAGUGGGUUACAUGCGGGAAGGGGAGGAGGAUAUAGUUGUUGAUGGAUAA